AUGCUAAAUUUCCAUUUCUGCACAAGACGAUUUGGCAUAAGCUCUUUAAUGUAUUUAUUUGAAGAGUCUAUAAUCGAAAGGUACCAAAGACUGCAACAGAAACCUGAAGACACUUUUGGCUUGCCAUGGACUUUUAAAGGAGAAAGCGAGAAACCAGCAAAUUUUAGAUAUGCAUGUGACCAGAUGAUAAUAAGAAAUGAAAUAUCGGUGCCUAAACUAGUUACUGGGUUUUAUCAUGACUUUGAAAAAGUGUUAAAAGCAAUUGGCAAUAAUGCUCUAAACGAAGUUGAAGACCUCUUGAAUCCAAGUCUAUACAAGCAUCUCGAAAGGACAUUAGGAACUCUAAAGCAAAGUGGCAAAAGAGUUGAGCUGCACAAGACAAAGGACUUCCCUGAUGAAUCCGGAAGGCCAACCGUUAAUGUUAUUGAUGCUGUACUAUACAGAGGCCUUUCAGUCAACCGAGCUGAAAACCCUCCAUUAGAAUCUUUCCACGUUGCUAGCGACGUAGAUCUAGGAAUUUUUUGCUAUACUCAUAAAGAUUUAAGUGAUAGAUUUGCCUAUGUAAAUCAAGCUAGGAUGGAAGAGCUCCACGCCAAGAAUAGAAUGACUAUCAUACAGUGCUUAGCAUGGAUAAAAUCCCCUUGGAUGCUCAAAGUAUUUGAUGAUAAAGGAGAGGUCAGCCAAUACCCGUCAGACUAUUCAUAUGUGCAGCAGUGGAUUUUUGAAUCACAAUGUGUGCAGCCACCUUGGAUGAAAAGAGAGGAUAAGCUAGAAAGCUAUAGAAGUUUCCUAUGUUUGGCGCUGUAAGGCCGAUAAAUUCUGAUCGGAAUUUAUCGGUAGGUUGCACCAAAUCAAUGCCUUGGUCGGGACCAAAAAGCGAUUUGGUCCGACGAACUUGGAAAGCUCCUGGGAAAAUGUCUGCGCUUUUAGCGCUAUAUAGAGGAAACCUCUAUAUUUAGAGUGAAUGACGAAAUUUAAGCCUGACAAAUGGGCCAUUUCAGGCAUGAAUGACUAUUUUGAUCCUUUGACGAAAUACUCUGAAGAUUUCACAAAAAGUAGUAGUAAUCCUAAUUAUCAGGAGUAA